AGCUAAACGCGUUUUGAGGUUGAAUAGACCCUACAUAAGGAAAUUAUUUGUAUUAUUAUUUCGUAAAUGUCAUUUUGAUUUCUAUCCAUAAUUUAAAUUAAAUAGAAAACAAUAAUGCCUUUUCAAUUUUUUUCAUUCAUAAAUGAUUUUAAUAAUUUAAAUCGCGUUUUACCAACUCCGAGAAGGAGGAAAGUGUACAAAACAAGGUUCAACCCAAUGAGCCUUAGAAAUCUUGAAUUUAAACAAAAAUAUAGAUUUUCGAAAGAAAAUAUGAUCAAAAUAAUUGACAUUAUCCGUUCGGACUUCAACAGCGACAAUAGAGGAGGACACAUCCCCAUAGAUCUCCAAGUUAUGGCUGCAAUUAGAUAUUGGGGACGGAACGAGGUAAGUUUGUACCUACUAAAUGUUCCACCAAUUCGAAAUCCGUACCUUUUAUGACCUGUUUAAAGAUUCAAGACGAUGGAGCAGACAUCCACGGAUUCAGCCAACCCACGCUAUGCCAAAUAUGUAAGCGAGUGGCAAGAGCAUUAGCUGCCAAAAGGCCUGUGUUCAUUGAAAUGCCAACAUCGUUUACGGACCAGCUGAGAACUAUGAACAAGUUCUCUGAAAUACGGGGGUUUCCAAGGGUUGUCGGGGCCAUUGACUGUACCCACAUAAGGAUCCCAAAAGUAGGUGGCCCAUCAGGGCAGUACUAUAUAAACAGAAAAGGGUAUUACUCGUUGAAUACCCAAGUAGUAUGCGACGCAUCCCUAAAAAUUAAUGACAUUGUUUGCCGCUGGAGAGGCAGCACUCAUGACUCACGAAUUUUUAGGGAAAGCAGAAUUAAACAAAGAUUUGAUGAUGGGGAGUUCAACGGUCGUCUGCUUGGGGAUGGUGGGUACCCUUGUACUAACAUCCUCUUAACCCCCGUUUUGAAUCCUCGAACGGAUGCUGAAAUAAGAUACAAUACAUCUCAUAUAGCUACUCGUAACACGGUGGAAAGAUGCUUUGGCGUUUGGAAGCAAAGAUUCCGCAUUUUGUUAUCAGGUAUGAGGUGCUCCCUAGAAAAUACCAAAACAACUAUCGUAGCCUUAGCAGUUCUCCAUAACUUGGCAAUUGAUUUUCAGGAUGUUCUUCCUGCCACAGAUGAUGAUGUGAACAAUGACAAUCAACCAGAUUCCUCUGAAAAUCAAGAAAGACCGCAUCAAGAAAGAAGCGACCAAAAUCUCACACGUCGUGUUUUUAUUGAACAAUACUUUUCCACGCCCAAUCAAUAAAAAAAAUAAAUUUGCUUGUAUCUUUUAAAUACAUUUUUAUUUGAAAACAUAAAAAAAAACUUAAAUUG